AUGGCUGCCCCCUUCCAGACCUCUUGGCAGCUUCAGACAGCCGAAGGGGAACCCAGUGCGGUGGUACGCGUGAGGAACCUCCAGUCUGUCAUCCAGGGUCCCCAGGAUGCCUGGGGCCGCCCUGGCAGACCGCAGCCGAUCCUCAUAUCUGCCGAGGUCUCCCUUGCGCAACCUUUUGGUUCAUCAUCCUCGGCAGAUGUGGUGGCGCCGGACACUGUGCAUUAUGGAUUGCUUAGCAAGGCAAUUCUUGCCACGCUCGGGCGUCUAGAGACACAGGCAGCUGCGGGCGAAGCUUCGUCUCUGCAUGGCGUCGUAAGCAGUAUCUGGUCGGACCUCACGGGGUUUGACACCUCGGGAAUGCCGGCGACCGCCAACAAGAAAGGGGCUUUCUUGAACAUCAGUUACAUCCGCCGACUAUCUGUGUCAGUUGUCUUGACAAAGGCAUCACUUCUGGGAAGCGGAGUCAACCUUUCCGCGUCGGCCGUGUUUCAAGAGUCAUCCAUGCAAGCGAGGGGCCUGGCACUCACCCUCCAAGGACUGAGGGUGCCAACCCUCAUCGGGGUCAAUGACAACGAACGAACGGCCAAACAGAUAGUCGUGGCAAAUAUCGGCAUUGAAAAGUACCGGAACGACAAAGAUGAGUAUGCUCCGCUCGAAGCGGUGGUGGUUGAGGCUAUGACCAACUCUUCAUAUGAGACUUUGGAGGCGCUGGCAACCGACGUUGCGUCCCACAUCACGAAUUACCUGAGGUCGAGUCACGGAGACUCUACAAGCACACUCCCUUGGCAUCUUCAGAUUGGGCUUGAGAAGCCGACAGCGGUUCCGUUUGCGGAUGCGGCCUGCGUGGAACUGAGGACGAACACCGACGAUAUGAUCAAGUCACCGUGA